AUGGCCCUGAAGGUUCAUUGUGCGCACGCACAAAUUUCCUCAACGCGCACCAUUCCAGGGAACAUAAGUGCUUUAAUUUACGCGCGCUCAAGUUAUAGUCUUGCACGCACAGCUUUGAUGCACGCACCAUUGUAUUAAUACGCGCAAGGAAAAAUUCAUUCACGCCCGCGAGAGCAUUUUGGCACAAAUUUAAUCGAUAUUUUCCAUCUGGUCCUGAUUUUGUUAAAUUUUCAUUGCUUUGUUUGCGGGGCAGGAAACAACAUGGCGACAUCGUAUCUGCCUUGUUUAAGUUCAAAAUGUUUUGAUAGAGAUGCUUUAAUAACUUCUUACUUUGGACAAGGCUUUAGUAAUCUAGAAAUCCUGGGAUUCUUAGCAGCACAGCAUGAUGUGUUUGUGAGUUUGUCUACCUUGAAGAGAACGCUUUCCAAGUUGGGACUGUAUAGACGACAUCCGGCUAAGAUCGAAGACAGAGAAGAAAUUAAAAAAUUGGUUUCAAUGGAACUACUCGGCAGUGGAAACUCAAUGGGGUACAGAAAGGUUUGGAAUGUAAUAAAGAAUUUGGGGAUUCCUGCUAAGCGAGCUACUAUCAUGGAAAUCAUGCGAGAAUUAGAUCCCGAAGGUGUGUCCACGCGGAGUAAAAGGCGGCUGAGGAGAAGGGUCUAUACAGUCCCUGGACCUGAUCACCUAUGGCACAUCGAUGGAUAUGACAAGCUCAAACCAUUCGGAUUCAGUGUACAUGGUUGUAUCGACGGGUUUUCGCGGAGAAUUAUUUGGUUAGAAGUAGGUGUAACCAAUAAGCAACCAGAAGUAAUCGCACAUUAUUACAUUCAAGCUGUGAAACAGAUGAAUGCAGUUCCCCUACGUAUUCGCUCCGACGACGGGACGGAGAAUAGUAUCGUAGAAGCUAUACAAAUUGCACUGCGCUCUGCUCAUGAUGAUGAAUUUCAAGGGUUGGCCAGCUAUUUAAUCGGGGCAUCAACGGCAAAUCAACGCAUUGAAUCCUUAUGGUCGCAAUUCCGAUACGACAGGAUUAUAUGGUGGCGAAAUUUUUUUAAGGAGUUAGUAGAUUUUGGAUUACUUGACUCAGGUAAUCCAGUUAUAACUGAGUGUGUCAGAUACUCUUUCAUUCAUUUGAUAAGGAAAGAUUUGAAGGAAUUCGCGGAGAGAUGGAACAAACAUAUACUGGCGCCAAGUUCUAACAAAAUACUGCCUCGUGGUCGGCCGGAUACCUUAUACUUUGUACCAGAAAUUUUCAACUCUCAAUCCUUUAGAAAAGAAGUAGACUUAGCAGAAGUGGACGAAUUUGACGACCCACAAUUUUGCGUUUCCUUGCAAGAUAACAGCGCAGAAUUUUUAGAAUUCGCAAAAAUUGUUUUUGAAAUGAAUAAUGGAAGAAGUAACAGACGGCCAGAAAAAAUAACUGAGGCGUUUGAAGUUUAUAUUAGUUUAUUAGAAGCUGUGAACAAAUACAUGUAGAAUACAUGCUUAACAUAAAGUUAAUACACACUUUCAAGCUAGUGGUUAUAACUACA